GCGAGUUCGCGCUGCGCUAGGCUCACAGAUGCGAGUGCGCUGCGAUAGAAGAAAAAACAGGGUCGAAACGACAACCGAAGGGAGGACUGUGUAGUGUAAUCAUGUGUCAAGAAUCACGUGCUGCUGCUGCUGCUGCUACUGCUGCUGGCCUGCUGCUGCGCGGCGAGCGCCGUCGCCGAGGCGGGCCUCGGCGGAGAGCGCGAUUAUGCGGCCUUUUCCGCGACCCGCACAAAGAAGAGGCGCCCUCCGUCAGCCUCGACCUGCCACCGGCUCGCGUCGACCGACCCGGCCGCGUGCCACACCUCCACAGCCCAGUGCGCCAGCCCGCAGAAGUUGCCCUCCUCGAUGCCCCAUCCCGUGGGCCACGCGGCCAAAGCGGUGCCGAGAGGCGGCGGCGGCGCCGCGGUCGCCUCGAGACGCGCCGCGACGGCGUCAAAGGCGAUCCGCCUCGCGCCCGUCGCGGCCGCCUCGGCCAGCAGCGCCUCCCCGGCCAGCCGCGGGAGGUCGCCCUCCGUCUCGAACCAGCACGACGAGCGGCCGUCGGCGCACGCCUCGUCCCACGCCUUGAGCUGGCGGACAAAGGCCGCCAAGCUCUUGAGGCCGGGCGAGGGCGCGGCGGGCGACGGGGCAAGGGAGCAGCCGGGCGAGGAGAGGUAGGAGGUGCUCGCCGGCGAGCGCUCCCGCGCCUCGCCGCUCGAGCCGCCGACAGCCCCCCUCCUCGACGUGACGGCCGCUCCCGGAGCCGGCCGGUGCGCCCCUGACCCACGCCCCCUCUCGCACCCCUCCGACCCCCCCUGC